UCCCGAUCCGCCACCACAACACCCCCCCACGUCCCCGUCGCGCCGGGGUCCGGGCCAGGCAGCCUCCAGCGACACCGCGCGCACCUAGCUAGUCUGCCGCUCAGCGAAUCGAUUCCGGAGCCCGCUCGCUCUCAAGCUUCUCCAUCCAUCCAGCGGGGCCGUCGGUAUCGCCGGCCGAGCCGAGCGAGACCGCGCGAGCGAAAACGAUGGUGGUUAGCGUGGCCGCGACGGGGCCCGGCACGGACGCCGAGCCGGUGAGCUCCACCACCUUCGCGUCCCGCUACGUCCGCGACCCACUCCCACGGUACCGGAUGCCGGAGCGGUCGAUCCCGCGGGAGGCGGCGUACCAGAUCAUCAGCGACGAGCUGAUGCUGGACGGCAACCCGAGGCUGAACCUGGCGUCCUUCGUCACCACGUGGAUGGAGCCCGAGUGCGACAAGCUCAUCAUGGACUCCGUCAACAAGAACUACGUCGACAUGGACGAGUACCCCGUCACCACCGAGCUCCAGAACCGCUGUGUAAAUAUGAUAGCUCACUUGUUCAAUGCACCGAUUAAGGAGGAGGAGACGGCUAUUGGAGUCGGAACAGUGGGGUCCUCAGAAGCAAUCAUGCUUGCAGGUCUAGCAUUCAAGAGGAAAUGGCAAAACAAGAGGAAGGAACAGGGGAAACCAUGUGACAAACCCAACAUUGUCACUGGUGCUAAUGUUCAGGUUUGCUGGGAGAAAUUUGCAAGGUAUUUUGAAGUAGAACUGAAGGAGGUUAAGUUAUCAGAAGGAUAUUAUGUCAUGGACCCUGUCAAGGCUGUUGAGAUGGUGGACGAGAACACUAUUUGUGUUGCGGCAAUCUUGGGAUCAACUCUCACUGGAGAGUUUGAAGAUGUCAAACUAUUGAACGACCUUCUUACAAAAAAGAACAAGGAAACUGGAUGGGAUGUGCCUAUUCAUGUCGAUGCUGCGAGUGGAGGAUUCAUAGCACCUUUCCUCUACCCUGAACUUGAGUGGGACUUCAGGCUACCUUUGGUGAAGAGCAUCAAUGUCAGUGGGCACAAGUAUGGCCUUGUCUAUGCUGGUGUUGGCUGGGUCAUCUGGCGGAGCAAGGAGGAUUUGCCUGAAGAGCUCAUUUUCCAUAUAAACUACCUAGGGACAGAUCAGCCUACAUUCACUCUCAACUUCUCCAAAGGUUCCAGUCAGAUCAUCGCACAAUACUAUCAGCUCAUUCGCCUAGGCUUCGAGGGAUACAAAAACAUCAUGGAGAACUGCCAGGAGAACGCGGCGAUACUGCGGGAAGGCAUCGCAGCGACGGGGCGGUUCGACGUCCUGUCCAAGGACACGGGCGUGCCGCUGGUGGCCUUCUCGCUCAAGGACAGCAGCCGGUUCAGCGUGUUCGACAUCUCCGAGAACCUGCGGCGGUUCAGCUGGAUCGUGCCGGCGUACACGAUGCCGGCGGACGCGGAGCACGUGGCGGUGCUCCGCGUGGUCAUCAGGGAGGACUUCAGCCGGAGCCUCUGCGAGCGGCUCGUCUCGGACAUCAAGAAGAUCCUGCACGAGCUGGACGCGCGCGCCACCCACGCCGUGACCUGGGUCUCCACCGCCGCCGCCGCCGCUGUGCAGGCGGACGACGGCGCCGUCGUGGGAAAGAAGAGCGCGCUGGAGAUCGAGCGGGAGGUCGCCGCGAGGUGGAGGAACGCUGUGAACAAGAAGAAGACGGGGGUCUGUUGAUGCGUGACGACGGGAGAGCCGAGGGUGUGAGUUGGAUGUUUCAUUCACCAUGGCAGCUUCGUUUGCAUGUGCGUGCUUGUGUGUGUGAAGACGCUGGAUGCGGUUGGUCCAGUUCCGUGUAGGUGUAGCCCCGGGGCACGUCCAGUUACGUGUGUGUGCAGUGUGCACAAGGUGUUGUGAGCGGUAUGCGGUAUGUAAAUGUUGGAUUUGUGUCACUGUUCAAGUCCAUCGUUACACUUCAGACUAUUUUUCUUUUCAAUAAUGACGAGAUUUACCGUACUUAAGACA